GAAGAAGAAAAAUUGUUAUUAUGGAAACGAGGCGGGACCAGAACUGACCAGAAUUCUGUUAUUCCUCUCACCGGUUUUCGGAGUGACACAAUUUUUGAGGGGAGCUGCUGACAGAGAUGUUGAAAACUCAGGAUGCACCUGGUGUCUCUGUCUGUGGUUUCACUGAUCAAACAUCUACAGAACUUCUGGUUUCUGUCUGUAAUGAAGAAGAAGAGAAGACAUCAGUAAAUCUGCUGGACUGUGGGAUGGAGCUAAAACAAGAAAUUAAAGAAGAAGAAGAAGAACAGAUAGAUAAAGGGGACUUGAUUUAUUCAGACCAGAUGAAGGUGAAGGAGGAAAGUUUGAAUGAAAUUGAGGAGAAACCUCAUCAUUAUAAAACUAAGGAAGAAUCUCUGAGCUGCUUGAAUAUUUUGUCAGAUGAAGAUUCUUGUACGUGCUUUCGGUGUGGGAACAUCUUCAGUAGUCAUUCCGACCUUAAUGCACACAUGCAAAUUCACAUCGGAGAAAAGCCUAACAGUUGUGAUCAGUGUGGAAGAAGCUUCACUCAUAAGGCCCGCUUUGAUGCACACAUGCGAAUUCACACUGGAGAAAGGCCUUACAGUUGUGACCAAUGUGGAAGGAGCUUCACUCAAAAAUCCAAUCGUGACACACACAUGAAAAUUCACACUGGAGAAAGGCCUUACAGAUGUGAUCAGUGUGAAAAGACAUUUACUCAUAAGAUGUCCCUUGAUGGACACAUGCGAAUUCACACUGGAGAAAAGCCCUACAGUUGUGACCAAUGUGGAAGGAGCUUCACUCAAAAGAACUCCCUUAAUGCACACAUGCGAAUUCACACUGGAGAAAAGCCUUACAGAUGUGAUGAGUGUGGAAGGAGCUUCAUUCGUAAGAUCUGCCUUGAUGCACACGUGCGAAUUCACACUGGAGAAAAGCCUUACAGAUGUGAUCAGUGUGGAAGUAGCUUCAUACAUAAGCACUCCCUUGAUGCGCAUAUUAGAAUUCACACUGGAGAAAGGCCUUACAAAUGUGACCAGUGUGGAAAGACCUUCAUUCAAAGGUCCAAUCGUGACACACACAUGAAAAUUCACACUGGAGAAAGGCCUUACAGUUGUGAACAUUGUGAAAAGACAUUCACUCAUAAGAAGUCCCUUGAAGGACACAUCCGAAUUCACACUGGAGAAAAGCCUUACAGUUGUGAUCAGUGUGGAAGGCGCUUUAGUCAAAAGAACUCCUUUAAUGCACACAUGCGAAUUCACACUGGAGAAAGGCCUUACAGUUGUGAUCGGUGUGGAAGGAGCUUCAUUCAUAAGGUCUCCCUUGAUGCACACAUGCGAAUUCACACUGGAGAAAGGCCUUACAGUUGUGAUCUGUGUGGAAGGAGCUUCAUUCAUAAGAACUCCCUUGAUGCACACAUGCAAACUCACAAUGGACAAAGGCCUUAAAGAUGUGAUGAGUGUGGAAAAAGCUACAAAUUAUAUUCUACAUCUGAGGUUCUGAACUCUGGCUUGCGAGAUAAUAAAAAUUAUUUAUUAAUAUAUUCUUUGUAUAUUUAUUUGUUAUUCGUAGUAUGAAUAGUUUGUAUGUAUAGGCUCUGAGGGCUUGAAACUGGCGUUUUAAUCACUUGUGCCCGUUAAAUGUCAGAAGACUAAUUGUAAAACAUCUCAUACAUACCUUGUCUGCUGUUGUCAGUAACGGAUUUUCUAAUUACAAUAGACUAUGGUCUUUUUCUCCACUCAUAUUUAUACAUAAUGUAUUGUCCUAUUCGUCGUGUUAACUAAAUAACCCAUAACAUCUGA